ACCCUGCAGCUGUCAAACGUUGAUGACGUCAGCUGUGCGACACGAGUCAUGCUGUGUUUAAGUUUUGACACUGGAGUUCUUUGGGCGUGAAAGAAGCUAACUCUGUCUUUUUUUUUAAUAUUAAGGGACACUGUGAGGCGCAUUCAAGGUGUUUUGAUUAUCUACCGAGCCAAUAAGAGUGUGAAAGUCAUCUUUCUGUUUCUGCUGGAGUUUUGAAACAGCAAGGUUAGCUUGUUUUCCAGGUCAUAGACUAAUGUGAAUGGCAGCAGGUGUUUCAUUUUUGGGGGGUUUGGUUAGUUUUAUGAAUAUUCAAACAUGGGCUCCACUUUGAUAUUGAAAGUGAAAAUAUUUUUGAAACCCUUGACACCUUACCUUCACCAGGGAACUUUAUCUGUGUGUAAGUCCUCACAGCUGCCUCUCUCAGCACGCUUUCUGUGCACAAGAGACUCAAACCCAAAGCCAGAUGGCAGACAGGCAGAACCAAAGAACAGGGGGCAGGGGUUUGUGCAAAAGAGUGCCUUCAGACGUAGGGACGAGGGCUCCUGGGAUGAUGGUGGAAAGGGGAAAGGUGUGACUUCCAAUCUUCGGCAGAAACCUGUGUUUCCCAAAUCUGUGUUUGCUGCUGGGACAGCAAAGAGGACAGCAGAGAUGUUGGUGAGGAAGGCAGCUUUGGUGUCUCAGGAUAAGGAGGAGCAUGAAGAGGAGCCUGAAGAGAGGAGACCCAGGAGAGCAGAGAAGAUGCAGCCUCCUGACCGGCCUCUCUCUGCUGCUGAGUGGAGGAAGCAGAAGGAGUCUUUUGGAAACUCUGAACGCUUUGGCAUCCAGAUGAUGAGUGUGCUCUUCAGCUCUGGUGCAGACCUGGAUAUAGCCAAAUCCCUGCUGACUUUUGUAGCAAUGGAAACAGGGACACUGUCCUACGAGCUGCUGCUACGGUACCUGACGCUGUGUGUGAGCGGCGGCCAUGACAGCGAGGUGUAUGAUGUCUACGACAUUAUGCAGGGAAGUUUUCCCUCUCUGGAAACGGGAGCCUCCAGCCUCUUUAUCAAGUCCUUCAGCCGCACAGAGAGGUGGAGGGAGGCUGUCAACAUUCUGCACAACCUGAAGAAGGUCUUCACCCCAUCGCAACGCAACUACAGUGAUGUAAUCACAGCAGCGAUGUUGCAUGGUAACACGACCACUGCCUGGGCUCUUUAUGACGAGUUAAAUGAAAAGGGUGUGAGCCCAAACCAGGAGGCCUGGGAUGCCCUGUUUAAGGGAGAGAGGCAGACUCAAGAAGAAAAAGGAGAGGAAGCAGAGGCCAUGUCUCAGUCUGAGAUCCAGGAGAGGCUGCUAGGGAUUCUGCUGUACAUGAGGAACAACCAGAUCUACCCACAACACAGCCUGGCCAGCAGCAUCAAGUCCUGGUUUGAGAGCCUCACACGGGAGAAGUGGAGCGGAAGUUGGACCAGCCCCACCCCAAAGGGUGUGUGUAAGUGUUGUGGGUCUGUGUUGGAGUCCAUUCAGCUGACCACUGAGGAGUACCAUCAGCUUAAAGAGCGAGUAAUGUCUGACAUCAUCGAGGGACAAGAUGUUUUUAACAAGACUACACCAGAGGAGUUGGAGAGGUUCAAGGCCUUUGUGAAAAAGAAGCCAGCGUUUGAUGUGGUCGUGGAUGGACUAAAUGUUGCAAAUAUCAACAGGGACAAAAACAAGCUUUCAGAGACGUUGUUGGCAGUGGUGUCAGAGCUUCAGCAUCAGGGCCUCAGUGUUCUGGUACUGGGGAGGAAACACAUGCUGCGGCCCUCCAGAUCCUGGGACAGGCACAACAUGGACCUUAUCAGGCAGAAAGCUCACUGCUUCUUCACUGACAACAUCUCUGAGGACGACCCCUUCCUGCUGUAUGCCACUUUGCACUCUGGGAACCACUGUAAGUUUGUGAGCAGGGACCUCAUGAGGGACCACAAAGCCUGCCUGCCGGACGGAGCCACCAGACGGCUCUUCUUCAAAUGGCAGAGGGGGCAUCAGCUGGUAGUGGAUGGGUUUGUUGCAGUUGGAAGGAGGGUUCGUUUUCAGAGUGUUUCCAGCUAUGACACCAUCAUACAGAAUUCAGCAGACUCAUGGCAUCUUCCCUUCGAUGACACAGAGGACAGAAGCACCUACGAAGUACCGCAAAGAUGGCUCUGCCUCACCAAUAAGCACUGAGACACACUUCAGACCUGUGCUUUGAUUACAACUACGGACUUGUAAAUGAAAACAUUUUCUACUAA